AUGGCAGCACCCCACAGUGGCUUCCACCUCCCCCUCAGGAGGUCCAACAGCCUGUCGUGCAGGGAGGAGCGAGAGCUGGAGCUUGACUACCCGGACGUGGGGCUCCUGGGCGUGUGCUGGGGCGGGCGUCCCCCCUGGGAGGAGAGGCUUGUCGGCAGGAUCAGGGCCAUGCUGACCAUGCAGCAGAGCAUGGUGCUGGAGGCCAUCUGCCACUGCCUGGAUGAGCAUGACCAGGCCUUUGUAGUCCCUGAAGCCCCCGGAACUCUGCUGGAGGGUGCCAGAAGGUGUGACGGGGUCAGGGCCUACCCUGCUGCUGCCCACAAGCACCGGAGCAGGCGGAAGCACAGACAGCCUGAGGCCUGGGUGCUGGCCCACCUCUGUGCCCACUCGGGGUGGGGUGGGCAAGGACUGGAGAUCUGUGCCCUGAGCAUUGCGCUCUGCCCACAGCCCACCAGGAGGGAGCAGGAACUGAACAUCGAGGACACCAACAUCCAGAAGAUUCUGGCUUUCUUGAACCUGGACCCCCAGACGACUUUGGAUAAGACCUUUCUCUUCCACUUGUAUGGGCUGAUCCUCCGGGAGUGCACCCACAAGGAGCUGGUGAGGAGGCACCUGGCUUGCCUGCUGGAGUUGUCCCACCAGACUGCGGGCCAGCGGCAGGGCAUGGCACUUGCUGUGGGCGUGGCGGCCACCGCGCACCUGGAGGUGGUGUGGACAGUGCUGGAGCGCCUGGGCCAUACCAGGUUCCUGAGGUUGGCCCUCCCUUCCCCAGAUAACCAGCUACUGGAGCCCAACCUGCACUGGAAAUGGGUCAGCAGCACCUGCCUGCUGUGCUACGGGCAGAUGGCCUUGCAGGCCAGGGAGCGGAUCCUGCCCUGGGUGGACAGCAUUGUCGCCAGGAUGGUGUACUAUUUCUCCUGCAGCAGCCAGACCCCGGGUCGCUCUUCAUCACCCACCACUCACGGUCUGGCCACCCUGGCUGUGGGUGGCGGCAGGACGGGGCUUGACCAGCCCAGGGCUGUGAGGCCAGGGAAGGGAGGUGGUUGCCCUCCCCGCACAGCCCUGGGCCUCAGGCAGCAGGACCUCAGGGAACGCUUCGCUGACCUUGCCCCGGCACCCACGUGUGCUCGGCAGGAUGACAUCCUAGACACGAGCUUCUUGUCGGCGGCCGUGAUGCUCACGAAGGCCCUCGGGCGGGAGGACGGUGCCCAGAACUACAAGUUCACUCAGAUUCCCGAGCUCAUCGGGUGUCUCCUGUGCCUCCUGCAGAAGGAGCCCAACGUCCUGGCCACCCUCCGCCGGCAGAAGAUCAUACUGGUCAUUGAGGGACUGAGCAAUUUGCGGCCCCAUUUCACACCCAUGGUCAAGUCCAGGAUCCUGCAGACCUGCCUGAGGAGCUUGUACACACUCCCACCCAUGGAGACAUUGAAGAGCAGCUUACCCCCCGUGGAGCCAGCCCUGGAUGUCAUGGAGCUGUACAGGAAGACCGCGCAUGCCCUCGGCCUGCUGCUGCAGAGCUUCGUCUCUGAGAAUGAGAGCUUGGACGAGGUCUGCUUCCUCCUGCAGCACACAGAACACUGGCUGAGGUCGGACAAGAGCCAUGAGUGCCAGCGGGCCGUGCAGUCCAUCUCCCAGCUCCUGCAGUACGUGGUGGACUUUCUGCACAUCACUGAAGAGGCCACACCCUCCAUGCUGGGCCACCAGAUAGGCCUGCUGACUCUGCUGUGGCAGGACAAGGACGGGGUCACCCGGGAUCUCUCCCGCCGCUGCGUCUUCCUCCUCCUCCAGCUUCUGGCUCAGCAGAAGGGUGAGCUGGGCACGGGGGAGCAGGGGGCAGAGCCUGGACCCGGCUCCUCGGCUCCUGGGUCCCCUGCCUCGCUCCUGGCCUGUGAGUUGGGGCAGUACUGCCGGAGGAGCGUGUCACCUCCCCAGGCCAAAGUAGCUCCUCCUGACCGUGAGGCCUCAGCGCGGGGCGGGCAGGGCUGGCGGCCGGGGGGGCGCCCAGCAGAGCCCCCAGCCCAGCGCACAGCGGCUGAGGGAGGCCCCGGGCGCCUGCGCAGGGAGCAGCUGGGCUCCCCUCAGAAACCCACCGCUGCAGCUUCCCCCAGCUUGCCCCGGACGUGGGCCCGGGCCCGUUCAGGACCGCUGGCCUUCGACAAGAACCUGACCGUGGCCCAGCAGACACAGCUGGUCCUCACGCUCCAGCACAGCCUGUGCAGCCACAGCCAGCCACGCCGCGACCUGGCCUCGCAGCUCCUCCUGAUGAUCUUCGAGGGGCCCGGCCUCAAGACCGAGCAGGUGGCCGAGGUCCUGCAUAGCCUGUUCCGGGAGCUGCCGGGCAUCACCUUCAGUAACAUGCAGGCCAUGAUGAAGGCCAUGACGGCUCUGGGGACCCAGCACACCCAGGAGACAGUUGAGGUGGUCCUGUCCUUGUGUCCCCCCUCGGAGAGGCGGAUCCUACCCCUGUGGAAGGCCCUGGCCUCCAACAACCGGCUGGCCCGCAAGGUCAUCACUCUGCUCUACAUGAAGCUGAAGCUGCGGCCCCCCGGGGACCUCAUCAGGUCCAUGCAGCAUACUCAGCUCACCUCCCUGCUGGCCCUGGGCACCAUUUAUGAGCUGCUCUACACCCAGGAGUGCAAGCCCGCAGUCCACUGGGCCUUUGCAGGGAUCCUCCUGGGUCUACUUACACAGCUCCACUACCUGUUUGAGCUGGGCAUGGUUGAGGGCAUCUCGGACUACCAGGAAGACGUCCUAGAAAUGAAGCCCCUCAGCCCCUUCAGGACGUGCCUGGAAGCCCUGAAGGGCCUCUUCUGGACCACCAACUACUGGGAGGUGUUCGCCUACCUCAAGCUGCUGCAGGGCUGGGAGCUCUUUGAGCACCUGGAAACCUACACAGAGGGAGUGACCCUCUUGGCCCGGGCCAUGGCCUACUAUGACUGUGAGGUCAAGGCUGUCUUGGGGCAGGCAGUCAUCUCCAUGAAGAGCAGCGAGGAGCGGGACAACGUCGUGGCCAUUCUUGUCAUCACGGAGUUUCUCAACAGCCCAGUGGUCUCCCAGCACGUGUCUCGGAGAAGAAUGGACAAGUUCCUGAGCCUGGGUCUGCACAACCCCAACCAGCUCGUGCGGGCCAUGAGCCUGACAGGCCUCAGCAGUGCCCUGAUGCACCCUGAGAAGGGGGCCCUGCUCCGGGACCAGCUGACAGGGCUGCUGGAGAGCUUCCUGAAGCCCGAGCCCAAGGACCCCUCGGGCCUCAUGGAGAUCCUGGGUGACAUCCUGCACCGCCUGGGAGUCCAGAGAGCUGGUGUCAUCAGCCUCAAGAUCGCACAGCACCUGCCCCCCUUGUUUGAAGAUGAGAGGGAAGAGGUGCGCGGAGGAGCCAUCUUUCUGUUCGGACAUGUCAUCCACGGUGGAGGCAAGAGGUUCCAGCAGGCGCUCAAAACCAUCGCCUCCCAGGUCCUGGUGCCUCUGCUCUUCCACCUGGUUGACCCUUGCCCUGGAGUGGUCAAGAAGACCAAGUUCACCUUCCUGCGCUGUGCCAUCCUGCUGCGGUGGGAGUUCCGGAAGGAGCUGUUCAGCAAGUUGGCGUGGGGCCACGGGCUGGGCGCCGAGAAUGACGUCUUCGUCUACAUGGUGGAGAGCAACUUUGGCAGCUACCACCAGUUUCUCAUGCAGGCCUUAGUGUACCUGCAGAGCCCCCACCAGAGCCUGAAGCUGGCAGCCAUGAAGUUCAUUGGGGAGAUGCUGCAGGAUUACUUCACUGACCUCUGCUUCUACUUGAAGAAGGGCGACGUGAGGAUCCUGAGGAAACACUUCGAGAUCCUCAAGCAGGACCAGGACCGCAGGUGCCGCAGGUUCUACCUGAGCUUCUCGGAGGACAUCACGGAACUGUCUCACUUUGUGACCUGA